AUGCGCCCCAUACAGCGCGUCGUCGGCGCCUUUCCUCGUCGCCAACUCGCCGCGUCCGUCGCCCCGCUUUCGUCCGGCCUCCCGCGCACGACCACUGCUCGCACUCUCCACACCUCUCACACCGUCAAUGCCAGUUCGUACAUGAGCAGGACCCCUUUCAAUUUCAACGCCCGUCGUUGCUUUACCACCGCUGCGGGCCAACCCCGCACGCUCAUCUCCAAUGACGAAGGCACCGUCACUGUCGGCCCUGGAUACGUGUCGUACGCUGGACCCUCUCCUGCCAGUGACAAGACUGGCAUUGAGAGUGUAUCCAGUGCAAUCACCUACUCACGACUGCGAGACUGCUGCCCUUGCCCACGGUGCAUCCACCCUUCCACAAGGCAAAAGACGCACACAUCCGGUGAAGCGUUCCGCGAGACGUUUGAGCUCGGAAACGAAGUCCUGGAUGGGCGCACGGUGCACCCGGCCACCAAUGCCGAGGGCGAGCAUGGAAUCGAAGUGCACUGGCCCGUGGCGAUUGACGGUCACCCACAUCCGUCCUUUUACCCCAUCUCGCUCCUGCAACGGCUGGCAUCGGGUCGUGUCCGUGGCCACACCUACUUGAACGACACUUUGAGGCGCAAGCUCUGGGACCGCGAGUCGUUGCUCAAGGAUGGCAAGGACUUGUGGAUUGAUUUCAGCGAACUCAACGGAGCUGCUGAUGGUGAGCCCUUCCAACUCCGACCAGAGGUGCAUCUACGUCUCCUCGAGCAGCUCCAGCUGUAUGGUGUGGCAGUAGUUCGCGGCCUCCCCACAGACCGCACCGACAACACCGACUGUCGUCUGCGCGAGUUUGCAGAGACCAUUGGUGGUCUGCGAAACACCUUCUACGGCGAGACAUGGGACGUCAAGAGCGUCGUUAACAGCAAAAAUGUGGCCUAUACAAACCUUAAUCUGGGCUUGCACAUGGACCUUCUCUACUUUGCUCUUCCCCCACGCUUCCAGUUCCUGCACUCACUCCGUAACCGCGUCAUUGGCGGCGCCUCAUACUUUGUGGACAGCUUUGCAGCUGCCGACAAGCUCAGGCGCGAACAGCCCCACCUGUACGCGUCCCUCCAGGCCAAUCCCUUGGAGUACGAGUACGACAAUGACAACCACUACAUGACUUUCCAGCACCCCGUUCUCCCUGCAGGUGAACUGGGUGGUUCCGACCUGCACCAGCACAUCAACUGGAGCCCGCCGUUCCAGGCGCCCAACGUGCGUCCCACCAAGGACGCCAACGGCCAGUACCCAGUCGACCCUGCUGCCGCCGCCCUGGCCGAGGAGACGUUUUACUUGGCCCUCAGCGAGUUCCAGCGGGCACUCGACUCGCCCGAGUUCCGGUAUGAGUUUACGAUGCAAGAAGGCGACAUUGUGCUGUUUGAUAACCAGCGUGUACUGCAUGCUCGUACGGCUUUCAGGGACAAGACCGACCAAGAAGUCAAGGCUGAUGGAACCGUCAUUGUCCCCGGGGAGCCGACACGCUGGCUGAAGGGCUGUUACCUCGAUGGGUCGACCGUGUGGGACAAGCUUGCGGUACUCAACGACCAGGUGCGCGGUGUAACCUCUGUCUAA